AGCCAUUUCGGCUGAAGAAGCAAAGACGUGUGAUCCAACCUGCAGGAGAUCUCAUCAAACAUGGCGGUCCGUCAAGCGCCUGGUGGAGCAUCAACGAUUUGCCUUGGAGCAGAUGAGGCUGAGUUGAAAGCUAUCUCCUCCAAUGCAUUUGCUUCAAAUGCAAGCCAAAACAGUGGCAAUGUACUCACAGAGCGCCCAAGUAAGACCAUUCUUGCUCCUCCAGGUGGCCGAUCAAGCAUUUUGCUCGGGAAUGAUUCUCCAUCCUUCAAGCGCAGUGUGCCAGAUGUCAUUGGCAAGAAGUACACGGAGGAGAGUGAUGCAGGGGUCGUCAUGGGUGAGAACAAUGUGAAGGAUGCAGUCUCCGCAGGUGUCAUCUUGGGUGAGAGCCAUCAGAACGAAACCAAACCUACGGGUGUUAUCUUGGGCGAGAACAAGGAUGAGACAGCCCCAGCCGGUGUCAUGUUGGGCAAAACCCAAUUCGAAGAAGCUCUUGACUAUGCGAAGGAGGUUGUUCACCAGAAAGCCAAGAAUUCCGAGCAGAUUCAGGCUUUGCAAGCCAUGCCAACACCAGCUCGCCGAGUACCUCCGGGAGGGGUGGCAACAGUGCUGCUUGGCUGAAAGUGAGAGAGGUUGAGCAAGACUCAAUCUACGCAAUUCAUUGCUGCUUUCUAGUACUUAAUUCACAUGCCAAAGAGAACAUCUAGCGUUCUUGGAUGUCAAGCGCGCAGGCGAUGGAAAAGUUUGAAAGUUUGUUUCCAGUCCCUUUUGGAAGGGAUCGGUUUCAGGAUGCUUGA